AGUGUUACCGUGGUAAUAGCAGUCCUAAGUCCUUACGCUGCAGGAUUUUAACUAAAGUCGGUGGUGAGGCAGGUCAGGUUGCCGACUUUCGAGCUCAUUGUAAUGCAAAUCCUAAUUCCUUAUGCCACGGACUCUUUUACUUAUAUACUUGCUUAAUUCUAAUUUUCUCUAAUAUUUUUUAAAAAAUAGAAUAGAAGAGUUAGCUAAAAAUCGGUAAUUUCAUCAUUGUAAAAAAUACUGAUAAAUUGAACAAAAUUAUUACUCUAAUCAAAAGUAAUCAAUUUUCUCAAUAUAGUUAAUAAAUAUAAUAAAAAAAAUUAAGCGAAUCUAAUUUUUUAAACAAAAAGAAUAGUUAAGAGUCCUCAUGCAAAAUAGCCAGUUGUUGAGGGGUUAACCGUACAAAUUUGCCCAACUCCUCCGCGCUCCUCUGGGGGGAUCUCUUACAACUGUUGUCGAAGAAGAAGAAGAAGAAGAAUUGAGAGAGAGAGAGAGAGAGAGAGAGAGAGAGGUCAACAAUGGCGAAAGGGCGGCGAGAGAUCCCUCCCUGCUCCAAGACCUACGGCUUCCCCAUCUACUGCGCCUCCUUCGUCCCCCUCGCCGAGAUCGCCGCCGCGAAGAAAGAUGACGAGGACGACGGCGCCGCCGAUGCCCCAGGAGGUGGAGAUGGUGGCGGCGGAUCGGGAGAAGGAGGAGGUGGAGGUGGUGGUGGAGAUCGACUCGUCGCGGCGCUCGGCGGCGGAGGCGGCGAAGGGCGGAGCGGGGUCCCCAACGCCCUCGUUGUCGCCUGCUUCGAUCUCCCUUCCCGAUCCCUCUCGGAUCAACCGGUCUUCAGGAUGGGGACUAAUGCAGAUGUUCCGUACAGAAUGGCCGUGCAUCCUAAAGGGGAUGGCAUCAUCUGCUCCUUUCCGAAGAGUUGCAGGUGGUUUGAAUGGGAUUUAUUAGAAGGUAAGGAACUUCAUAAUCUGGCCCUGAAAUCUUCCGGGAAGAUAUUGCAACCGCUGGAAGAUGUUGGGUUACAAUUGGCAUUAUCUUUCAAUGAAGAAGGUUCAUUACUUGCAACUGGUGGCGAGGAUGGACGUUUGAGGGUCUUCAAGUGGCCCAGUAUGGAAAGCAUUCUAGAGGAAAGUGUUGAUAAUACAACUUUAAAGGAUUUGGAUUUCAGUUCCAAUGGCAAGUUUCUUGCCUGUCUGAGGAGUAGUGGUCCUUGCAGGGUUUGGGAUUUAACAUCAGUAGCAGUUGUAGCAAAUCUACCGAGAGAAGAUGGAGAGAUCUUCGGCUUUUGCAGGUUCUCUCAUGGAGCAGAUGAUAACCAGAUCCUUUAUGUCACUGCAAUGCAUGGUGAUAAAGGGAGAAUAGUAUCUUGGAAUAUUAGCUCAUGGAAUCGAAUUGGGUCAAAGAGUAUAGCCCGUGACCCGAUAUCUGCAUUCAAUGUCUCAUCUGAUGCCAUUUGCACAAUCUACAGUGGGACAGUUGAAGGAAGCAUCAUUAUUCUAAGGUCCGCAGAUACGCAGGUGCAUACAGCAGUUAAAAAAGCGCAUCUUGGCAUUGUUACCGCAUUGGUAUUCUCACAAGAUACAAGGGCUUUGUUGUCUUCCUCCUUCGACUCAACCGCGAGGGUGACAGUAAUCGAGAACAAAAAGAGCAAAGGUCUUAAUAUGUGGCUUAUUCUUUUGGUCAUUGUGCUGGCCAUUGUUGCUUAUCACAUGCGGUUCAAAGCGGCCCCUUGAGGAUUCUUGUGGAGCAGAUUUGCUUCUGAACCUCAAAACCCUAAAACUCUUUUAAAAAAGAUAAACUUCAUUGCCAUUCUAUGGUUUAGUGCAUUUUCAUCUUGCCUUCCUGUGGUUCAAAAGUUGCAUUUGACUAUUCUAGAGUCUUUUCUUUUUCUUUUUCUUUUUUUUUUUUUUUCGUAGUUCUCGGUCUGCUAUUAAAAUACAGUAGUGAAGUAAUAUGUUUUGCAAACAACAAGGCAGUACACUAGAACAUUUUACCAUUCUAUGAUUUGCAUUUUACUGUCCUGUGCUUUGCAAAAAUAUCACUUUGCUACUCUGUUUAAUAAUAAAAUUUCACGGUAAAAUAAAAAUAAAAUAGUAAUAUAGUUAAAGUAUAUUUUUGCACCACAGAAUCCGGGGGAGCAAAUUUGAAGUUUAUUCGUUUUAAAAAACGGAUAUCAAAUCUGUGAUUAUUUUCAAAAAGCUCCCUAAGCCGAGCUCAUUCUUUCUUGACACUGCACCCAGUUUGUACUCUUUGGAGAUUUUGCAUAUACAUCCUUGAAAGUACAUGUAUUUACGUGUACGGAUGUAAAUUUCAAUUCUUAAUGUAGAGCAUACCCAGUAUCAAAUAUUGAUGCGAAUUAAAAAAGAUUUGUGACAGAAGAAUAGUAGAGGUAUAAUGUUUUCUUGCA